AUGUCCGCUCAAGUCAAAUUCGCCGUCAUCGGCGUCGGCCUCAUCGGCCCCCGCCACGCCGCCACAGUCGUCCAGAACCCAGACACGCAGCUCGUCGCCAUCGUCGACCCGGCACCCACGUCCGCCGCGCUGGCCGCGGAGAUGGGCGCCGCGCACUACACCAGCGUCGCGGCCCUCGUGGCGUCGGCGGACCGCCCCGACGCCGCCAUCAUCUGCACGCCCAACCACACGCACGCCGCCAUCUCCAUGGAGCUCGCGUCCGCGGGCGUGCACGUGCUCGUCGAGAAGCCCAUCAGCGACAACGUGGCCGGCGGCGAGGCCCUCGUGGCCCACCUCGCCGGCACGGGCGUCAAGGUCCUCGUCGGCCACCACCGGCGCUUCAACCCGUACAUGAUCGCCGCCAAGGAGGUCGUGGCCUCGGGCCGUCUCGGCGGCAUCGUGGCCGUCAACGGCCUAUGGACCCUCUACAAGCCCGCGCCCUACUACGACGCCCCCACCGAGUGGCGCCGCACCCAGAGCGGCGGCGUGAUCCUCAUCAACAUGAUCCACGAGGUCGACCUCCUGCACUACCUCUUCGGCCCCAUCACCAGCGUGCACGCCGAAAAAGUCGCCUCCCAGCGCGGCUUCGAGGCGGAAGAAGGCGCGGCCCUCACGCUGCGCUUCCGGUCCGGCGCCGUCGGCAGCUUCCUCGUCGCCGACAACGUGCCCUCGCCGUACAACUUCGAUGUGCCCGACAUGUCCGUGUGGUCCUACGCGCCCGGCACGACCAAGUCCUGGAACGCCGAGCUCACGCGCGACACGGUGUCGGUGGAGCCCGGCGUGCCGUUUGAGCUGCAGCUCCGGCACUUUGUUCGGGUGAUUCGCGGCGAGGAGGAGGUGAGCUGUAGCGCCAAGGCGGGCCUCGGCGCGCUCUACGUGUGCCAGGCGAUCAAGGAGGCGCUCAAGGAUAACAGCACGGUCCAGGUCACGCCUUACGAAUUGUGA